AUGGUCGCUUUCAAUUCAGUACCAGCCUACACGGCUUCUUUCCUUCUCAGCCUCUACUUCUCCUCAGUCCAGGCGCGUUCACCAGGCGUGUUAGAAGCCAUCGAGCCGCGAGCACCCAAGGCGAACAAUACUGGGCACAGCGGCGACAAGUCCGCGAGCGGUGGAGGGUCCUUCUUCAAGUUCGUGACGAGACCAGACAUCGGCGCUCCCAGAUGGAACAUCAAGAUCUUCGACGAAGAAGCUCUGGCACCUGGAUACUGGUUUUUGGCGCCCUACGCGAACUUGGGACAGGUAUCUUAUCCGCUAUGGAACGGCCCACACAUCUACGACUCCUCGGGAGAGCUCAUCUGGAGCGGCGCGCCCAUGUUCGAUCACCGAAAUACGCACGACUUCAAGACGACUGUGGUGGAUGAUCAGCUUAUGAUGACUUUGAUCAAGACGGACGAUGUGCAUGAGGCGGGCGUAAUCAUGGAUAAUACAUACAACUUCCACAGUAGGGUGGACAUGCGAGGUGCUCUUGCGGAUGCCAACAUGCACGAUUUUACAGUCAGAGACAACGGCAAGCGUGCGCUGUUCAUGACGCAGAAGACCGGCGAGGAUUACGAUGUGGAUAUAGGAGACUACAAGGGACCUUGCAACGUUGGUUGGCAAGGAUUCCGCGAGCUGAACUUGGACAACGGGAUCAAUGUGUUCAAGUGGAACGCUCUGGGUCACAUUCCGCUCAAUGAGAGCACGAAGCUGGAGGCGUCGUUUGAAGAGAUGUGCACGGACAAGAAGGAUGGGUGGGACAUUCUGCACUUCAAUGCGGUGGACAAGUUCGACGAUGGAGAUUACUUGGUCUCCGCCCGGCAUACGGAUACGAUCUACAAGAUCUCACACAAGGACGGCUCGAUCGUGUGGAAGCUCGGUGGCAGGCACAGCGACUUCGAGUUUCCAGACUUCCGGACAAAGUUCACCAGACAGCAUCAUGUCCGCUUCCACAGCCAGAACGAGACUCAUCAGCUAAUCACCCUGAUGAAUAAUGCGGCCGGCCACGGGCACAGCAAGUACGAGAAGCCCAGCAGCGAGUCAUCGUGGGGUCUGUUCCUGGCACUGCGAGUUGAUCAGACCCCGAUGACUGUCGAGCUUGUCGCUCGCUUCCAGCACCCGCUUGGAGAAUUCACAACUUCCCGUGGGAGCGUGUCAAUCUUGCCCAACGACAAUGCGUUUGUAGGCUGGACGUACCGCUCCGUACACUCUGAGCACGCACCAGAUGGAAGGCUACUGAUGUAUGCCGAAGCCAAGCACGAAGCCGCAAACACCUACCGCGCUUACAAACUCCCAUGGGUGGGCAAGCCUUCCGCGCCACCAGAUGUCCACUCCGCUGCGAUGGAUUUUGGCGACCAGGGCAUGAGCACGAUGGUGUACGUGAGCUGGAACGGCGAUACCGAGACCAAGAGCUGGAACCUGCUGCACACCACUCCUUCGGGAGAUGAAGCCGAGCUAAUCGCCACCUCGGCCCGUCAAGGCUUCGAGACCGUGCUAUCCUGGAAGGGAUACGCGAAGUACGUCCAGCUCGUCGCACUGGAUGCCGAAGGUAGCGAGGUUGGGAAGUCGAAAAUCAUCAAGACCAUCCCGCCGCGCUCGCUGGAGACACUGUCCGUAGCGGACGAAGCGAAAUGGCUCGAAGACCACUCCCUAACCGCCGUCAGCGACACCGUAGCCGACUCGCUCAUCCUCAAACGACUUGGCUGGUUCGGCUACCCGAUCGUCGCCUUCACGCUGGGCUUCAUGUGCUGCGCCGUCGCCGUCGCCGCUGGCUACUUCCUCUUCCAGGCUCGUGCUAGGUCGAAGAUGGAGUGGGUGAAGUGGUGGCAGCAUCCGAUGCCUGGGUACAAGUCCGUGUCCGGGAGUGAUGACGAGGAGAAGGAGCAGUGGGAUCUAGAAGACGAUGAAGGGCAUGAGUUGGAGCAGCCGAAGUCGAAGCAUCGGAUUUAUGUCACGAGGCCGUCGGGUGAGGUCGGUAGGCAGGAUGAAGAUCGGUUGGGAAGGGGGGCUGUGAGCGGGAGAGUGCCGUUUGUGAGGCAAGUCACUGGGCCGCUUGUGACUCAGUGA